ACGAUUGUAAUCCUGACCCCUGUGAUAAUAGAGGAACUUGUACUGAUAGAGUGAACGACUAUACUUGUGCCUGCGAAAUGGGCUAUGCUGGAAAAGAUUGCGAAACAAAUAUCGACGAUUGUAAUCCUGACCCCUGUGAGAAUAGAGGAACUUGUACUGAUAGAGUGAACGACUAUACUUGUGCCUGCGAAAUGGGCUAUGCUGGAAAAGAUUGCGAAACAAAUAUCGACGAUUGUAAUCCUGACCCCUGUGAGAAUGGAGGAACUUGUACUGAUGGAGUGAACGACUAUACUUGUGCCUGCGUAAUGGGCUAUGCUGGAAAAGAUUGCGAAACAAGUAAGACAUUGAGUCAAAACAAAUUACAAACUUUCAUACAUACACUUUUUAUGUAAAGUA